AUGAGUUAUUCUGGACAGAGAAGACGUCUUAAAGUGAGUGUCGUCAACAGAGAAGACGACUUAAAGUCCAAAUGGCUACAUCUUUUUAUUGUGACUCUUGUCGAAACAUUUGUAAAAGUUCACCAAUCACGUACUCUGCACCAUUUAGUUAACUUUGACAUUUUACCUACAUCUGUAUUUACUUCAAAUCAAUAUUGUGAAAUACACACGGAGAAGAUUCUGGACUUGUUUUGCACACAAGAUGACAUGUUGAUUUGUCGGUCCUGCAUGCCGGAAAAACACAGAAACUGCUAUUCAGUCAUCAAGCUUGAAGACGCUUCUAGAAAUAUAGAUGAUUCCACAAUGUUAAUUGCAACGAAAUCUGAACUUAAUGGAAUAGAAAAUACAAUUGGGAAUUUAGAACAAGAAAGGAAAUCAGCAUUAACUAAAAUAGAGGACGACGCUUCAUUCGCAGCUUCAAAAGUCGCAAAUUUGAAAAAUCGCAUGCUCAAAAGAAUUGAUGAAAUGGAGCAAGACAUAUUAACUGAAAUCAAAGAUAUUAAAAGAAAACAUUUAUCUGGGAUAAAUUUAACCACAGAAGAAAUAAAAGAAAUUUAA